AUGAAGAAGAUUACCAGGUGCAGUUCAGUAAACGCUAAAGAAAUUCAUUCUGAUAUGGCGUUCAAAGUGCUAACUCGGCUACCCGUCAAGGCCUUGGACAGAUUUAAGUGUGUAUCGACAUCUUGGUCUUCAAUGAUCCGUCAACCUGAAUUCAUGAAAGCUCAUAGGCCUUGCGGUGGUAUACUCAUCCAUCUUUUGCCCGACUAUUCUCGCUUGAAGGGCCUCUAUUACGCGUCCCUAAAUGGGAAGAAUGAAGUGUUCGUUCAUCGAGCGCGUUUGCCUUAUUUUGGUUAUAAGGAUAUUACCCCCGUUAUAAAUGGCCUUGCUUGCCUUCACACGGGUCAUCAAGUUUCACUUUUUAAUAUAUCUACUCUUGAACUUAUGGAGCUUCCCUCCUCAAGUUUACGCGGUGAAGGGCUUAGUGUUUGGUAUGCUCUCGGUUUUGAUACUGUGGAUAAUCUGUACAAAUUGCUUAAAGUGAGCAGUACAGUUGCUAAUCGACUAGUCUACGAGAUCCUCACUCUUGAGACAAGUUCAAGAUCGGCAUGGAGAUGGAGAGAGAUCGCUCAGGAAGGUUUCCCUUGGUUUUUCCACUAUUACUGA